UAAAAGAUUUACCAUCAUGAAAAAACAAUCUAACAUUUCAUAUGAAAAGCAAUGGCCCCAAAUUGAAGUAUCAAUAUUAAAAUUCUUGAAGCAAGAGAAAAUUACUCAGAAUGAAUGGCAAGAUUUAUUUUGGAUUGUUCAUUCAAUUUGUUUAUGGGAGGAGUGUGGAGCUUUUAAGUUAUUGAAUGCUCUUCUUACCACCAUAAGAAAUUACCUCACUGUUUCACAUCUCACUCUUGAUGAAGGAAUUUACAAUGACAAUGAGCUUACAAGACGUUUUCUGGCAUUAUGGAAUUGUUAUUUCCAACAAUGCUCUUACCUACCUAAACCAUUUGCUCAAAUGGAGACCGUCAUCAAAACUCAAGUUGAGGGAAUUAGAACCAGAGAACUAAAAAAUGUGUUCAUCAAGGACCUCAGCGAUAGCAUAAAUUUUGCAAGCAAUGGUAAACUCAAUAGUACUGAUGACAUAAGCAUCUUUAAUUAUCUGUCUAGUUUUGGUGGUCGAGGGACUAUUCGAUGUGCAGAAGAAAAAUUAAUUAGAAAGCUCAUGAUCAGCCUAUGGAAUCAUUACGUUUUUAAUGUCUUAUCGCGUAAGAUCGUCGGACAAUGCAUGCAAUACCUAGAAUUCGAAAGGAGAGGGAUUGUCUCAUCCUAUUCGAGCCAAAUUAUAGGACUGAAAGAUUACCUUAUACAGGCGUGCGACGAAAAGGACAAUCUAACAAUGUACAGAAAAUAUUACGAAAAGGAAUACCUCAAAUCUGUACGCCUAUAUUAUUCGCCGUUUUGUAUGGACUACAUAGAAAGCAACGGUAUUAUAAGUUACCUCAAUUUUGCCGGAGAAAAAAUCCAAGAAGAAUACGGUAGAGCAUGCAAGUAUUUGGAAAUUUCAAAAGAGGAAUCUAAUUCAUUAUCUCUGAUUACGGAGGCUUGUGUGGAAGUGUUUGUAGACAAUUUCAAGGAAGUAAUCGUUGAAAAUGUUAACAAACUCAUCGCGGAAAAUGAUAUUAAAAACCUCAAUACUACUUACAAACUAAUCGUCAAAAGCAAAAGGAAUAUCAUAAGCGAUAUUCUUCCAAUCUUAGAAUCUCAUAUUUACAAAGACGGCGUGGAUGAUAUGGUAUCAUGUGCUUCUACCAUUUUAUCUGAUCCAGAAAAGUAUGUCGAAAAGUUGUUGAGUCUAUUCAACAAAUACACGAAUCUGAUCGAAACCGCAUUCCAAAAUGAUCCCAAAUUUUUGAUAUGCAGAGAUAAAGCUUUUACCUCGAUUGUUAAUGAUACAUCGAUCUUCAAACUGGACCUCACGAAAACCAAUACCAGUUCAAUCAUUCAACAACCUCACUACGAAUCCAAGUGCCCUCAAUUGCUAGCCAAUUAUUGCGAUAACUUGCUCAAAAAAUCCAGCCUUACCAGAAAGUAUAAUUACGAAGAAAUCGAAGCGAAACUCAAAUCUGUCGUUUUGUUACUGAAAUUCGUGAAAAGCAAGGACAUUUUCAUGCGCUUUUACAAAUCAAAUUUAACUCGUCGCCUCAUAUUGGAAAUCAGCGCUGAUAAUUCUUUAGACGAGCUCAUGAUUGAUAUGCUUAAAAAUACUGGUAUUUCUGCAGAUUAUAUUAACAAAUUAUUGCGCAUGUUCCAGGAUAUAAACAUUAGCAAAGAGUUCAAUUCAUUUUGGAAAUCUCAAACAAAGAAACCCGAACUAUUAGACAAAAUAAACGUAAAAAUUCUUAACACUGCCACUUGGCCUAAACCCCCGCUUCAAAAUUCGGCCUUUCUGUCUCGUGACAUCGAGGAUAUCAUUAUUCCAGAUUUCGAAAGCAAAUAUAACGAAAAAUACUCGGGCAGGAAGCUUAGAUGGAUUCAUUCCUUCUCUUAUGGGACGAUAAACUAUAAAACGCCUACCGGCGGAGAUUUCGAUUUGGACGUAACCACUUUCCAAAUGUGCGUUUUAUUGUGUUGGAACGAUAAUUUUCUCCUUCCUUCGGAUAGCAACACCCUCGUGAAUGACGUGAAAUCCAACAUGGCUCACGAUGCCCCUAACACCAAUCAGAAUACCGAAAAUCUCAAAUUUUCUAGGCUCAUAAGCUACGAAUCAUUGAAAAUAUCGACGGGACUGAUAGACAAGGAGCUCAGAAGAACUCUGGUCAGCCUCAUCUCUUGCCCCAGACAAAAGAGCCACAUAUUAUUGGUAAUCAAAAAUGUCGAUGAUAUGACGAUCGAUCUUGGAAACGUCGAUUUUACCGAUUCGACCUUGUUCAAACUAAAUCCAGAUUUCGUUAUGAUUCGCAAAAACAAUAGUUUCAAAAGAGGCAAAAUUAAUCUGAUAAGUCGUUGGCAAAGUUCCCUGGGUCAUGAUCCAUCUAUGGAAGAAGAGGAAAAAACAGAUUUAUAUAUGCUCAGAUCAUUUCGAAUUCAAGAGGCAUUAGUCAAGAUUAUGAAAACCAGAAGAUCUUUAACCAGUACUAAACUACAUACGGAAGUGAUAGAAAUUCUUAAACAUUCUUUUGUUCCCUCCUGGAAAUGUAUCAAGAAACAAAUAGAAUGGUGUAUGGAAAAAAAAUUUAUCCAACGGGACGAAGAGGAUAUGAAUACCUUUGUUUAUCUAGCUUAGAUAAAAUAUUAUGUUUAUAUAAAACUCGAUUAUUUUCUAAUAUGAUUUUUUUUUUAAA